GGAAAACCAAGGGCGGCGCACAUCACAUUUCUAUCCUAAAAUCUCUCUUCAAACAGAGCCUAAAUUUUCUUUAGAAAUAUUUCUAAAUUUUUUUUCCUCAGAAAUGUAUCUUGUUUCCCUACUUCAAAAAAAAAACAUAUCUUCAAACACCUAUGGGCCGCCGGCCUUUGGGCUGUAGGAAGUAUUAAAAAGAAGGUCCCGCAUCGUAAAGAUCGUCCGGUGGCAGGGGAGUGGGCCCAAUCGAUUCAUACUUAAAAGGACCCAACGUGUCACAAAGAUCAUUACACAUAAUCCUGAACUUUGAGAUUCAUCUGAGGAUCUUAUCUCUCUUUCUUGACCCGAAAAAAAAAAAAAAAACUCCAAAAAGCGUUUGUCUCCCUUGGCUUCCUAAUCCUACUAUCAUAAAGUACCAUGCUUUAGUUUCAGUUUUCCCAACAUAAACAAUCAAUCAAACCCCAUGGAAAUGAUACAGAAUUUGAAAUGGAAACCUAUCUAAUUCUGUGAUGGAUACAGAGUUUUGGGUGUAAUACUACUUGCUCUGAAGAAUUAAUUAAGCUCUAGAAUCCCCUGUUCCUGAGAUUUAUCAAAUAACCACGAAAUGUCUGUUGCAACAGUUGAAAAUAUGGCAUCGUUAAGCAGUGAUCUGUUCUAUGACAUACUGAGGCGUCUUGACGGUGCGACAUUGGCUAGUGCAGCCUGUGCCUGUGCAGCGUUUUCGUCCAUCUCUAAAGAGGAAAGAUUAUGGGAAAAUGUUUGUUCUUCCAUGUGGCCCUCAACUAGCCGGGAUGAUGUCAAAAGUUUGAUUUCCUCUGUUGGCGGUUUUAAAAAGUUCUAUGCAGAUUGUUUCCCUCUUAUUGUCAACAAGGAAGUUCCUGAAUUUCGAUUUAAUGACUAUCUCCAAUAUCCAGAUGAAUGGACUGAAGCAGAAUACUAUGGCGAUCUGGAUGAACUGGAAAAUAUAUCGCCAUCAGAUUUCGUCUCUAUUGUGGAUAUAAGAUAUAAAGACCAAACAAUUUGCUCAAAAGUUCUUUGGGGCAUCCCUAAUGCAGACAGCUUCAAUGGUUGGUUUUACAACUGCCCGUUCAGGAUCGAUCUCCUCGCGAAUGCUCAUGAAAAUGAUGCCCAUUCUGGUGAAGUUACGCUUUCGGUGUCAGAUGGUUUGCCUCCUAUUACAUCAAUGGAAAAAGAAAGGAAAGACGGGAAGCUUUGGCAAGAUCUCCGCGAUGGUAUACGCUUAAGCUGGAUUGUUGUGAACCGAAAAAUCAAGCGGGCUGCUAACCUGUCGAGCUGGAGCUGUCUAGGAGGGCAGCGGCAUUGGCCCACUGAAAAGGACUUUUUAAUGCGAUUCGGAUCUGUCCUACCCGCCAAGGACAUUCUUCCGUGUCAAGUGGUUGAAUGCAUCCUAAUAAUGCGAUUCAGAGUGAUCCACACCGAGGGGGUUGGCACGCAGACAACUCUCAUAUUAACCGAACUGAGUAUGCAGUUGGGAGACAUGGAAGGGGCUCAUGUAAAUGGCAGAAACAGUUUACUUGUCCUAAAAGAAGCGCUAAGUUGCCCGAGAAGCAAGAACUACAGCGAGGCCCUAGAGUCUUGUCUUCUGUACUCGAAAGUGCAGAGUGAGUUGAAGGAGGAAAAGAUGAGAAAUGAAAGUAGGUUAGAUAGACUGUUUAUACUGGGCGGAAUUACAGCAUGUAUGACACUUUGUUACUACUUUUUGUGAACUAGCCAAGAGUGAUUGAGUCUGAUGAUUACUUAGUUUGUGGAUCAGCAUAUCCACUGCAUUUGAUCAGAUGUACUACUAAAAUGUUGCAAACCUUGUUACGAUCUAAUAAAGGAGUAAUGGAAAGUUUUCCUGGCAUUGUCAUUGUUGUUGCUGCUGUUUCUUCAUUCAGAUAUCGAAUUAGAUGACCAUAGUUUCAAUUAUCUUGCCUUCAAUUUAGCAUGAAAAUUCAACUACUUGAGUUUUGAGAAUUUGAUGAUGUACUGGACAGAUGCUUCAUCUCAUGACCUGGUCUUCUUGAUAUUAUUAUGUGGUGCUUUUAGGCAGCUUGAUGGCACAUAACAUUCUCAUUGUACUCGUUGGAUUAUGGUUCACCAACCUACUGCAUUGCAUUGUGAGAUGAGAUAGUCAAUGAGGUUUUGUAACUUAUACCUAACAAGUUCCUC